AUGGACUCUCCACUGUCCAGAUUUCUCCGAGGUCGUGGGGUGUCAGAGGACUGUCUCCAAUGGAUGGAACAAGAUCAUGUAAGCUAAUUUUGACCACUCACCAUCUAAUUAAAGCAUUGUGUAACAGGCUAAUUAGCUACCAGGCUAGUUAGCUAACUAGCCUGUUAACCAACUACAUGCUGCUUUCCGAUCUGCACCAUGCUCCCUGCUUAGGGAAUACCCUGCGAAGUGUACGAUUGUUGUUCAGUUGUUCCCUGUGCAGGGCUCAGCUCCCUUUGAACUGUUCACUGCGGUUUGAAACCUCAGUUAAGAUGUCUAUCGUGCGCAGUCCACUUCGCAGGGAACUGCAGGGUGAUCGGAACGCAGCUUCUGAGGGAGAAAAACACAGUUGCCAGCGGGUCAGAGGCUCUCAUCAGCAGGUUUCAUUUUUAGCCAGGAUAGUCCAGGAUAGGCAAAAAUGAAACAUAAGAUAAAGAUCCUGCAUCGUUUUUAUUCUCCGUGCUGCGCUGAUCAGACUGGCGUCCUUAGCAAAGUUACACUUGAUGACCUUCAUUACACAGAAAUAAUAUUCAAUUUAAUGAAUACAAGAGAUAAAAGGGAUAUUAAGGGAUAAAAACGAAGUUACAACUGUGGAGUUAAAAUCCAGUCUCGAGUUUGUUAUAGCGAAUGCCAUCUAUUACCACCCUGUCUUUCCUGUCUCUGUGUUUAUGUAGUCUUGUGAAUUGUAAUUAUUAUGUCUGUCUUUACAGAUUGAUGCUGGAGUCAUUGAUUGUAUGGAUGAUGACAACCUGGCUGGCUACAUCCCUACAUGCGGGGACAGGAUUGCAGCAAGACGCUUCUGUUUGGAUCAUGGGCAACAUCAUGGCACAAAACAAGCAACAAAAACAUCAUUGCUUGACAAACUCAAACAAAGAAUGGGGAUUGGUGACACUGAUGAUAACACUAACCAGGAGAAAAGGAGAAGAACGUAUGCAAAACACAACAAAUGGGCUGAGAAACCAACAAGAAAAAUUGAGUUGGGAUGGAUCCAUGAGAGUAAACAAGUCCGGAAACGUAGAGGGGGGUGGGGGGUGGGGGGGUUAACAAGGACCCUUGAUGUCCCGAAAGACUCAAAAAAAAAGAGAACAUCUUGCAGUAUGCCAAAGACAUUUUCUUCCCAAAGGGAGAAAAUAAAGUAGGCAAAAUUGAAGCAUUUAGUCAUGACAUAUUAGACUAUCAGGAGGAAGCUAUUUUUGAUGAUGUUAUUAUAGUUGGAGAACUGUACAGCAUACUUAGAAUGGGAGUGUUGAGAAUUUACCUGUGCACUAAGACCCCAGAAGAUAAGGAUGAUGAAGAAUGUGUUAUGGGAACAUCAAACAACAAGGAUGAGCAACUGAAUGACAUGUUGGAAGAAGAUGACCAGCCUAUUCAAACUUCUGACAUUGAGGCAAACCUAGACACAUCUGAGGUUAUGUUUGACCCAUAUCUUGGAGAACCUGUGGCUGGCCAAAUGAAUGAUACUUUGAUCUUUCUACCUCACUUGGAGAACAAUGAGGACCUUAUCAUCACAUCAGUCCUCAUUCCCAUAACAAGCUGAAACGACACAUUGAUCAGCAUGCCUCUCCCAGUAAGUGCAGCAUCCUCUACUUCAGACACAGCACUGAGAGAAGAUGAAGCUUCCAUCACACCUCCACCAACAGCCAACGAUACUGCAGAAUCUGAAUCUGUAGAUGAGGUAGCAAGAAGUUCAACUCCUUCAUUGGAUGUUGUGCUUAUCACUAUAAGACUUCAUAGGGUCAAUCUUCUAGAGGAGAUGAUAGGCCAAUUCAAGGAUGCAGCACUUCUCAAACAUAAACUUAGAUACACUUACAUAGAUGAAAGUGGUGCUGACGCAGAUGGUAUCUCAAGGGAUGUGUAUGCUGCAUUUUGGACCGAGCUACUGGACCACACAGCUGAAGGGGAGGACCAGAGAAUUCAAUCUCUGUGUCCUAAGUGGCAAGAAGAAGAAUGGAAAUCCAUUGAGCGAAUUCUACUGAAGGGAUUUCAAGACCAUGGCUAUUUUCCCUGUUGCCUUUCCCCUGCUUUUACAGUGGCACUUAUUUUUGGUGAGCAGGAAGUCUCCGAUGGUGUGCUUUUUGAUAGACUUCUUCUAUAUGUCAGUCAUUCAGACAGGAGUCUGAUCACCACUGCCUUAAACGGAGAACUUUCAGAAGAGGAGAAGGAUGAGCUGAUAGAUCUUUUAGACCGUUUGGACGUAACAGCAGUUCCAACACAAAAGAAUUUAAAAGGCAUCCUUCUGAAAGUGGCACACAAGCAGUUGAUCCAAAAGCCAAGAUAUGCAUCAGAAAAGAUGUCUUUCGUUGCUGGUUCCUCCCUAAGAGAAGCUCUCGCCAGCCCACAAGAUGUCCUGCACAUGUAUGAAGCCAAAAAGCCAACAACCAAAAGGCUUCUGAAAAUGCUACAUGCCUCUCCCUCAAGUCAAGCCGAGACCCAAAGCUUUCGUUUCUUGCAACAAUACAUCAGAGGCUUAGAUGAGGCAGGUCUCCGAAGAGUAUUAAGGUUUGUGACAGGGUCAGAUGUCAUAUGUGCAAGCAAAAUUACCAUCAUGUUCACGGCAGUUGAAGGACUUGCACGAAGACCUGUUGCACACACAUGUGGUCCAGUUCUGGAACUACCAUGGACAUACGCUUCCUAUCCAGAGCUACGCACUGAGUUUGACAGUGUACUGAUUGACAAAACAUCAUACAAAUUCAGCCUAGUUUAG